AUGUACAGUCGCGAGAACAACAUUGAAAAUGCCGAGAGUGGGACGUUCGCGUGGAUCAUUGACGAGGAAUCUCAACCGGCAGAGGAUCGGAGAGAUUCUUUCCUCGAGUCCAAAGGGCCCGAAGAAAAGCAUGACGAGGGAAGGAGAAUGAGGCGGCGGUAUGAGUUAGAGCAGAAAAAGCAGGAGGUUCUGCGGAAGUGUACUCGAGAGAAAUUUCUCACCUGGCUCAACUCUGGCCGUCACAUCUUCCAUAUAUCGGGCAAGGCAGGUUCCGGGAAAUCGACUUUGAUGAAGUUUCUUUCUGAGUCGUCUCGGGUCAAGAAAGGAUUAGAAAGCUGGGCUGAGGGUCGUCCCUUGAUUUUUGCCCGAUUCUUCUUCUGGAAUUCGGGAGAUAAGGUACAGAUGUCUCUCGAGGGCCUAUAUCGAAGUCUGCUGUUUGAAACAUGCAGGCAAAUCCCUAAUCUAAUUCCUCGGCUCUUCCCUGAGCUCUGGGGCAGUUCAAAUCUCGGAGUGGCCCCAAUUCGGUUUGAUGAAAUCAGGGACUCAUUUAAUCGCCUGAUCAAAGAAGCAAGCUCUUCAGAAAGCUAUUUCUGUUUUUUCAUUGAUGGACUGGACGAGUUUGAAGGUGAUGAGAUCGAUCACUGGAAUCUUUCUCGAGAUCUUCAGUCUUGGACAGCAAAAUCGGAGAAUAUCAAGCUUUGUGUCAGCAGUCGCCCUCAUAUUCCUUUUGUUCAGCCCUUGGCGAAUGACUUGAAUCAUCAAAUUAGUAUCCACGAGCUUACCCGAGAGGAUAUUUCCAAGUUUAGCGUGGCCAUGUUUGAAAGGGACCCCAACUUCCAUCGUAUCAAGGACUCAUAUGAAGACUUGGUCAUUGAGGUUGUGAACGCCUCAGAUGGGGUAUUUCUCUGGGCAGGGCUAGUUGUGCGCUCCCUCUUGAAGAGUAUAGGAUACCAGGGCAGCGAGAAAGACUUGAAAAGGAGGCUUCACUUGAUGCCUAAGGGGCUGGAUAAGCUAUUCGAUCAGAUCCUUAGCUCUAUAGACCCGGACGACCAGCUGCUCUCGGACCAAUUAUUCCUCUUGACGACUCGCAAUUUCUGCCGAUGGCAGCCAACAGUCCGAAAUGCGAUAGCAUACUCAUGGCUUGAGGACCUUGAGGAUCCAGGCUUUCCUUACGAACUACCGAUGCGAUCAUGUACAGAGAGCGAGAUCAAUGAGCGACUUGAGCGUGUCUCGUGUACUCUGGAUUGCCUUUCUCGGGGCCUACUGGAGAUGUCCCGAAAGCGCAGCCGUGAAAGAGACGGACAUGAUUAUUUCACCUAUGAAGUGCAGUUUCUCCACCGCAGUGCCCGCGACUACAUUGUGAAUACCCGUGAACCGCAAAUGCGAGCCCGUAUACCUGACUUUGAUGUCUACUCCGGGAUAUUCCGAUUGUUACUUGCAGAAUUCAAAUUUGCGCUAUCCACACUACACGAUACCAAACCAAGAGUAUGGGAAAUUGGGGGAGAAGGUGGUCCUUUGAGAAAGGCUCUCCAUAUGCUUUUUACCGUUGUGUCUGCUGCUCACAAACAUUGCGGGUAUGACGUGCCGUCGCGUUUCUUCGAGGAGGCCAGCCGCAUUGUCCAGCAUCAUACCCAAACUGUGGAAACAACACAUGUUCUCCCCAGAAAUGAGAUCCCAGAACCCAGAGGUCACAUCUGGGGGCAGAAUCUGCAACGUAUUGGUUGCGUAUGGCUCUCACUAAGAGAGUCGAAUCAUUCUCCCGAUUUUUUAUGCGAGGUUGUUUACCGCGGUCUACACCAAUUUCUCUCGCCUGAUCUGAUGAGCCGCUUGAAACAGCAGAACUCGGCUUCAGGUUCAAAUUUACUCCUUACUGCUGCUAUUGGAUCUACAAGCCUGGAAUUUGUACAGGAUCUCCUACAUGAAGGACGGAACCCCCAAGAGAUGGUGCCCAUGGAGCCAAUCCGCCCACUUGACAGAAGCAAUUUCGAGAGUUCCACAACAAUACCGGCUCCGCAAGCUACUAUUUCUCUGUGGCUGAUCUUCCUAUAUCGCUUCAUUGAGGAUUAUUUCUUGGCUGGUCGUACUCAUGACCCGGAAAAUCGAUGUCUUGAAGAGUUCUUGCAGUACGAUGUUGAUCGCGAUGUGCUGUUUGUCGUGAGAAUAUUCGCCUCGUCCCAUGAACCAAUCGAACCGGCGGAUGACGACCUGGCCCCUAAGGAAAACAGCGGCGAAUCGGACGAAAGAGUGGUGUUUGAGUUGCUGGAAUUCCUAGAGUUGGUGGAACCAUCCAACAUAGAGACUCUUCGCAUGAAACUUUCGAACAAGCGAACCCGAGAAGACCCACUAGCAGUGACGCCCAUCUCUGGGCCUCCAAUACCCUAUCAACGAGGCUCCUUAUCUAAGGCCCUGGAAGCAAUUGUGGCGGCGGGCAAUGUUAGCCGGCAUUUUGCAUUUGGACCAUCUCUCUGCCUCGAAAGUGUUAUCACCCCCUCUGAGCGGCUAGACGUGCCCUUCAGUUUCCGGAUCACCUAA